AUGAGGGGUAUCAAUCUCCAGCCUGCUCGAGUCCAUCAAUUCACAACUCGACUACUUGAAUCUAAGAGCAUAUCUCAGGAGCCACCAUGGUAUAAAAUAAUCGGACAGUUUCCCCCUGGUGAAAUUAUGACUCGAACUCAGCCAGUUCAGCAUCAAUCUCCAAAAGUUCAUCCUCGGACGAGGAAACCUAGUAAAAUGUUCAGGCCGCAAAAGAUAGAGUAUGAGGAAGACAAGCUAAGACAGGAAUUUUACCGUGACCAUCCAUGGGAAUUAGCAAGACCAAGAAUAGUUUUGGAGAAUAGCGGAAAUGAAAGCUACGAAUAUGAUUGGAGUAAGAUUGAACAAGAAACCAAACAGUUGGAUGGUGAAAGUGUCAUACAAAGACAGCUAUGGCUUAUGAACAAUGUCGAUAAUAUGACACGAAGUAUGGCUUAUGAUAUUGCUCGUAAAGAAUUCUAUAAUUUACGUCAUACUGAAGAGAUCGAGCGAAGGUUAUCCAAGGAAGAAGCACUGUAUACUGGCGCGAAUUUUGGACCUGGACCGAAUGAAUGGGGAAUGGGUCUCGAGAACAAAACUUUUGAGUCAUGGAAGGAGUGGGCAUCAAGGAAAAUUGAAGAGAUAGAGUUAAAAAGAGAAGCUGGUUUAUAUCACGAACUUGAGGAGGAUACAAUUGGAGCUCAAAAUCCUUCCGAGCCAUUACCCGAUAUGCUUUGA